AUGCGGUCGAUGUCACUCAACACGCUGUCGGUGCCGGCGGUAGAAGAGGGGUUCGGAAGCGCGAGCUCGAUGGGCUCGACCCCGCCGAUGUUCUCGGCACGGUCAACGUCGCGGUCGCCGGUCUCGGUCUCGGUAGCAACGGCAAGAGGGAGCACAACAACAGAGUCGGCGUCGCGGUCGCCACAGCCGCGACGUGCCAAGCACCGGCGGACCAAGCAGGCGGGCAAGGUCGAGGGCGAGACGUCGCGGUCGCGGUCGCGGUCGCGGUCGCGGUCACCACUCCCUGUCUUCUCGUCGUCGCUGAGACUGACGGGGCUCAACCGGUCGCACUCGCCGCUGUCGCCGCUGAUGGCUGGGGCGGGGCCGAGCCGCGGGCGGUCGCUGUCUGAGCGGGUCGGGUCGUCGCAGCCGGCUGGGCGGGCGCGGUCGGGAUCGACCCCGACGCCAACAGUAGGCGGCGGGGCCGGGCGGAGCGGGUCAGUGAGCGGCUCAAGUACUGCCGACUCUGGCCUCUGCUUUUCGCCGUCGGAAUCGUCAGCGUUCUCGAGCGCGUUUUCGUCGGCCAAGGACGAGCUGGCGACGAUCGGAUCGGACGCGGUCUCGUCGGCCGCAACUGAGGAGUGGGCGGACGCAUUGAGUGGGACUGAAGAGCCGGCGAGCUCCGAUUGGGGCGGGAGCGCGGCAACAGACAGCCGGUCUGCGGCGUCGACGGUGUGCGAGCGUGGCGGUAGCAGAGGCGAUCCUGUGACCAACGCAUGGUCGCGGCACGAGGCGCGGCGGAGCGCGGUGCGGGCGGCACGCGAGGCCGACGCGGCGGCGGCGGCAUUGGAGCGCGCCCGCAAGCCGCAGGCCAAGCCCAAGGCCUCAUCGCUCAAGCUCAACGCGCUGCGGAAGAAGCUGCGGCUGCAGUCGCUCAAGGGCCCGGGCAAGCGUGCCGGAGGGAACAGGCGGCAGAACCUCUCGGUUGACAUGCGGAUGGGCGACGACGAACUAGAGCUGUUCGACACGCUGGCGCCGCUCGCGCCGCUCUCGACCUCGGGCCCGUCGUUUACCGCAUCGAGCGGAGCCGGCGGCGAGGUGGUGCGGCGGCUGACGCCGACCGGCGGCAGCGUUGGCGGGGGCAGUGGGCAGGGCGCAUCGCAGGCUAGCGUAGCGGGUCGAGCGGCCACGGCCACGACCGGCGGUACCAUGUCGUCAACCAAGUCCAAGGCGCCGACGCCGCUGACCUCGCUGUUUGAGGUGGCGCAGGCGGCGCAGGCAGUGUCAGGAGGAUCGGGCGGGUCGGCCGAGCUCUCGCCGGGGAGGGCGGGGUUGACGAGCUCGACGAGCUCAGAGCGACUGCGGAUGCGGGCGCCGGCGCCGCUGGUGGUGCCCGGCGGGAGCGAGAGCGCAGACGGAAGCGUGGUGGCGCUCUCGAGCGGGAUGGGCUCCGGCGGGCUGCAGCGGCUGGAAGAGAAGCUUGCGGCGCAGGAUGAGGUGCUGCGUCAGCUGGCAGCGGCGGUGACGCAGCUGACGGAAGAGACGAGCGCGUCGCGGUCGAGCUUGCGCAAGCGAUUCGCGGCGGUAUCGUCGCGGAUUGAGCGAUCGGAAAAGCUGACGCAGAAGCUCUCGCGCGACCUGCAGAUGCAGAUUGACCAUUCCGAGUCUGUUGUCUACUCAUACUCGAACAAGCUGCGGCGUGUGGAGCAGGCGCUGAUGGGGCGGGCGUCAAAGAACUCGACGAUUGCCGACGCGCUCAUCUCGUGGCUCAUCUCUGUUGUUUUUAUCCUCCUCUGGGUCGUCCGGCUCGUGUACCGGGUGCUGACCUGUUCAUGGUGCCGCGGCAAGGGCGGUCCGCGCUGGGACUUGUACGAUUCUCACGAGGCCGUGGGCGGCGACGACGACGGGGUGGGAGGAGGCGGCGAGAGUGACGAUGGCGGCGGCGGUGUCGGCGGCGGUGGGUACUCUGCCGAGUUGGAGGAGGUAGAGCUCAUGUAG